AUGGCAAGACUCAUCUUGGAAAAUCUAGCCUUGCAAAUUUCCCUUGUUCUAUUCAUUCUAUUACAUUCCUCACUCAGCGUUGCUUCUGACUCCACUCAAGAAGCUAAUGCUCUUCUUAAGUGGGCAGCCAACCUUCACAACUUUAAAGAUUCUAACAUUUCAACAUGGCCUCUCCAUCCUGAAAAUGCCAACAAUUCCAGUCCAAGAACAAGCCCCUGCAAUUGGCUUGGAAUUUCUUGCAACGUACAAGGAAUGGUCGAGAGAUUAAACCUUACAAACGCAGGUUUAAAUGGUAUGCUCUAUGAGUUUUCCUUCUCUUCCUUUCCUGAUCUUACUUAUAUUGAUCUUAGCAUAAAUCUACUCUUUGGCACCAUCCCACUUGGAAUCACUCAACUUUCCAAACUCAUUUAUCUUGAUUUGUCAUAUAAUCUCUUGUCUGGAAGCAUCCCUCCAGAGAUUGGCCUCCUAACAAAUCUCGAUACCCUGCACCUUGCUGCAAAUCAUUUAAAUGGCUCAAUUCCUCCAGAAAUAGGCCAGUUAACUUCACUUACUGAGCUUGCCUUGUACGUCAACAAUCUAGAUGGUCAUAUUCCUGCUUCCGUGGGUAAUAUGACGAAGAUGCUUCGGUUGUUUCUCUAUGACAAUCAACUUUCUGGUUCUAUUCCACAACAAUUGGGAAACCUUACCAAUUUGGUUGAACUUCACAUGGAUACCAACAGUCUUUCUGGUCCAAUUCCCAUAACACUAUCUAGUCUGACAAAUCUCACCAUUCUUCAUCUCUAUGAAAAUAAACUCUCUGGCCCAAUUCCUAAUGAGCUGGGAAACUUGAAGUCUAUUGUUGAUCUAGAGUUGAGUCAAAAUAUACUUAAUGGUACUAUCCCCGCUUCCCUGGGUAAUUUGAGAGAAUUAAAAUUUUUGUACCUCAGUAAUAACCAACUCUCCGGGCCAAUUCCUGCUUCCUUGGGUAACUCGAGCCAGUUACGACAUUUGCACCUACGUGGUAAUCACCUUAGUGGUUAUAUUCCUGCUUCCUUGAGUAAUCUGAGCUACUUGACAGUUUUAGACCUCUCUGGAAACCAGUUUAUUGGCUUUUUGCCUUCUAAUGGUUGCAAAGGCCAAUCACUGAGCUUUUUGAAUGCAAGCGAUAACCAUUUGCGAGGUCCAAUCCCAGAAAGCUUGAGAAAUUGCACGAGCUUAGUUUAUAUUUUACUCAAUAGUAACCAACUCGAAGGAAACCCAUUUGAGGAUUUUGUUGUCAACUCGAAGUUGCAAAAGGAUGGAUCUAAGUCGCAACAAAUUUUCUGGUCUGAUCUCAAACAUAUGGAAAUAGAGGUCACAAAUAGAGGCCAUAGUGAUUGCAGGAAACAGUAUAAUGGGCAUGAUACCACCUGA